GGGAACAGGAUAUGAGCCCGGGCGGCUGGGGGGAGGGGAAGCCCCAGGCGACCGCCCCCCGCCCCACUGCUGGGACCGGGCUCUCCAGCCACAGAUGUAUGUGGCGCCGCCGCCGCCGCCAGAGCCGGCGCCACCCAUCCCGGAGCCUGAGGGGUCCACAGUCGCAGACUCCAGCCUCCCGAAACUGCACCGCGUCCUGAGGGACCCCGAAGCCCGGGCCCCAGCGUCCAGGCUAGAGGACCCCAGAUAUCCAGGUGCCCAGCGCCCCCUCCUGGAGGAGCUAGGAGUCCGGGACAUAAGCGCCGCGCGACCCUGGAGGCCGAGCUUCCUGCACCCGGUUUCCAAGAAUUUAGGAUCCCAGACCGGAGAUUCCCUCCAGAGUUUCCCAGAAAGCUGAGCCCAGGACUCCCCGGGUUUGAGGAACUUGGGAUACGGACUCCUAGCGCCCCAUCCAGCCCGUUUGGGGUUGAAGCGCCAACUACUUCAAGAGGACCCUGGAAUUUGGGGCUCCCUGCGCUCCCUCCUGGGGUUGGUUUAAUCCCUGCUCUUAGAGUUAGGGGAACUCAGGAAUCCGGCCCCCCCACCCCACGGCCCCAUCUAGAAGACUCAGGAAUUUGGGUUCCCAGCACCCCCAUCUGAGACUCAAGAAUCGACGCCCCCAGCAUCUUCCAUUUAGAGGACCAAAGAAAUUUGGACCACUGCACCCCAUCCUCCGAGAGACCCCGGAUUCUGGCUCACGGAUCCUGAGAGCCCGAAGUUCAAACCCCUGACUUGCAGAGAGACCCAGGAGUCCCGGCUCUGCGCCUCCCCGGGGACCGUGCUAGGGUCGAAUAGGAACUGGGCUGCCUCGGUUCGGGGCUGGAGACUCCCCGGGAGAAGCCGCUGAGCCACUCAGCCAUGCCCGAAGGAGCCCGUGGACUGGGCCUGUCCAAACCCAGCCCUAGCCUCGGCCGCAGAGGUGAAGUGUGUGACUGUGCGGCUGUGUGUGAGACUCGGACAGCAGCCCCUGCAACCCCCGCCAUGGCCUCCCCCCGAGGUUCUGGGAGCUCCACAUCCCUGAGCACAGUGGGCUCAGAGGGGGACCCGGCUCCGGGGCCCACCCCAGCCUGCUUGGCCUCCAGGCCAGAGCCCCUUCCGGGGCCCCCCAUCCGCCUGCAUCUGUCGCCCGUGGGGACCCCAGCUUCGGCGAAACCCUCGAGGCUGGAGCGUGUGGCCCGUGAGAUCGUGGAGACGGAGCGGGCCUAUGUCCGGGACCUCCGCAGCAUCGUGGAGGACUACUUGGGCCCUCUGCUGGACGGCGGGGUUCUGGGGCUGAGCACGGAGCAGGUGGGCACGCUGUUUGCCAACAUUGAGGACAUCUACGAGUUCAGCAGCGAGCUCCUGGAGGACCUGGAGGGCAGCAGCAGUGCCGGGGGCAUCGCCGAGUGCUUCGUGCAGAGGAGCGAGGAUUUUGACAUCUACACGUUGUACUGCAUGAACUACCCGAGCUCCCUGGCCCUGCUCCGGGAGCUGUCAGUGUCUCCGCCAGCAGCCCUGUGGCUGCAGGAGCGCCAGGCCCAGCUCCACCACUCACUGCCCCUGCAGAGCUUCCUGCUGAAGCCUGUUCAGCGCAUCCUCAAGUACCAUCUGCUGCUGCAGGAGCUAGGCAAGCACUGGGUGGAGGGCCCAGACGCCGGGGGCCGCGAGUUGGUGGAGGAGGCUAUCGUGUCCAUGACAGCGGUCGCCUGGUACAUCAAUGACAUGAAACGCAAGCAGGAGCACGCUGCGCGCCUCCAGGAGGUGCAGCGGCGGCUGGGUGGCUGGACCGGUCCGGAGCUCAGUGCUUUUGGCGAGCUGGUGCUGGAGGGCGCAUUCCGAGGUGGUGGAGGGGGCGGCCCCCGACUUCGAGGGGGUGAACGGCUGCUCUUUCUAUUCUCACGGAUGCUGCUCGUGGCCAAGCGCCGGGGACCAGAAUACACAUACAAGGGCCACAUCUUCUGUUGCAACCUGAGUGUGACUGAGAGCCCUCGAGACCCUCUAGGGUUCAAGGUGUCUGAUCUGACCAUUCCCAAGCACAGACACCUGCUCCAGGCCAAGAACCAAGAAGAGAAGAGGCUGUGGAUUCACUGUCUCCAGCGCCUCUUCUUUGAGAAUCACCCCGCCUCCAUCCCUGCCAAGGCAAAACAAGUUCUCCUUGAAAACAGCCUGCACUGUGCUCCUAAAAGUAAGUCUAUCCCAGAGCCCCUGACACCUCCACUUGGGUCUCCCCGACCUCGAGAUGCUAGAAGUUUCACCCCUGGACGAAGGAACACAGCUCCAUCUCCAGGACCCGCCACUACCCGCCGUGGCCGCAGACAGUCUGAGCCCCUGAAGGACCCUUACGUCAUGUUUCCACAGAACGCUAAGCCUAGACUCAAGCACACUGGCAGUGAGGGGGAGCUCUACCCGCCCUUAGAGCCUCUGCCACCAGUUCCAGCUUCUGAACCCCCUGAGGACCUGGAGGACACUGGGCCCCCCACGCUGGACCCCUCUGGGACCUCAAUCACUGAAGAAAUCCUGGAGCUGCUAAACCAAAGAGGCCUCCGGGAUCCAGGGGUGAGCCCCCAUGACAUUCCCAAGUUCCCCGGAGAUUCCCAGGUGCCAGGCGACAGUGACACCCUCGCAUUCCAAGCCCUGCCCAGCCGGGACUCUUCAGAAGAGGAGGAGGAAGAAGAGCUGGAUACGGAUGAACGGGGCCCUUCCCCACUCCACGUCCUAGAGGGGCUUGAAAGUUCCAUUGCGGCUGAAAUUCCUGACAUUCCCAGCCUUUCCAAAAGUCCUGAUGUACCCAACCUCCCUGAAAUUCCCAGCCUUUCUGAAAUUCCCCAAAUGCCCCGCCUUCCCAGUCUCUCUGACAUUUCCAGUGUUUUUGAAAUGCCCUGCCUUCCAGCCAUACCCAGUGUCCCCGACAUUCCUAGUCUCUCCAACGCUCCCACCCUCCCCUGUGACUCCUGGCUCCAGAGACCUCUGCAGGAGCCGGAUGAGGAUCUAGCCACCAGGAGAGAGCUCUUCCCUGGAAGCAGUUCUGGAAAACUGGGAGAGCCCUCCUCAGAAAGCAGGGCAGGCCAAGAGGAGGGUGAAGGAGUAUCAUACCCAGCUUUCCAGCCCCGGGAUGUCACCCAAGGUCAGGAAUUCCCAGAUGAGCUGGAGUUCCGCCCUUGCUCAGAAAUCCGGAGUGCCUGGCGGGCACUGGAGCAGGGGCAGCCGGCCCGGCCAGGUUUCCCAGAGCCGCUGCUGAUCCUGGAGGAUUCAGAUCUAAGUGGAGGCAGCGGAAGCGGGAAGGCAGGAGCCCCAACUUCGGAGAGGUCAGCGUCCCGAGUGCGAGAGUUGGCCCGGCUUUACAGCGAGCGGAUCCAGCAGAUGCAGCGGGCUGAGACCCGGGCAUCAGCCAACGCCCCCCGCCGCCGGCCACGGGCUCUGGCCCAGCCGCAGCUGUUGCCCUGCCUGCCCCGUGAGCAGGCUGAGCCAGGGCCCCUGCCUGCCUUUGGACAUGUGCUCGUAUGUGAGCUGGCCUUCUCGCUGACCUGCGCCCAGGAAUCUGUCCCCCUAAGCCCUGCUGCCCAGGUUCAAGCUGCCACAGCUGUGACUAAGCAGCGAGGCUGCCUGGACGGCCAGCGUCUAAAUGUUUCAAGUUUGCCUGAGCAACACCAUCUGGGCAUCCAGGUUCCAGCUGCUACCCCUCUGCCUGAGCAAAGAGGCCUCUGGAAUAUCCGGAUUCCAGCCACCACACCUUUGCCCAAGCAGGAAGACCCCCCCAACGGCCAGAUGCCAGCUAUUACAACUUUGCCGGAUCAAGAAGGCCACCCGGAAAUCCAAGUUCCAGCUGCCACUCCUUUGCCGGAGCAUAGAGGCCACGUGGAUAUACCGGUUCCAUCUACCACCUCUUUUCCUGAGCAAGGAUGCCACGUGGACAUCCAAGUUCCAAUCACCCCAGCUUUGCCUAAGCGGGGAAGUUGCUCUGAUGUCAUGGCUUUAGCCGCCACUCCUACGCCCAAGCGAGAAGGCCACCUGGACAGCCAGAGCUCAACCAACACCCCGUUAACUAAGCACGGAGAUUCUAGGGCUGUUCAGUCCCCAGCCACUGCCUGUGGCCAAGCCGUCGAUCCUUUGCUUAUACACAGAAGCAGCCUAGACCCUCAGAUCCCAGCUGACACCCCAGUGCCCUUGCAACACGACCUCCCUGACAUUCAGGUUCCGGGUACCUCACCUUUGCCUGCACAUGGAGGCCACCUAGACCAUCAGACCCCAGCCAACACUCUGCCGUCCUUGCCCCGGGACCUCCCACACUUUCAGGUUCCAGCUGCCGUACCUUCCCCGCAGCCACAAGGCCUCACGGACACCCAGGUCCAAGCCCUCCCACCUUUGCCCCAGCAGGGAGGCCUCCCGGACAUCCAGGGUCCAGCUGCUGCGCCUCUGCUUGAGGAGCAAAGCCUCACAGACCUCCAGGGUCAGAAACUGACACCUUUGUUGGAGCAGAAGAGCCUCACCAACGACCAUGUUCCAGCUGCCCCACCUUUGCCUGAGCAAGGGGGCCCUCGGGACAUUCAGGGCCUGUUACCCACCCGAGUCCAGACCACGGUGGUUUUGUCUAAACAAGGAGGCCACGCGGUCUCUCACGUUGCCAGGAAUCAGUGGGCCUUCGCAGAGCCCAGGGGGCUCCCGACGCCCCUUUCCACAUGUGAGCCAGGAUGUCGCGCUUCUUGAAAAGCAGAGACUUCAGCCAGAUGCCACAGACCCUCAGAAGUCACCCGGAAGUCCAGACGCUGAACACAGGUCUAAAAAUUGCCACAGCUUUCCAACACCUGGCGUCUUUGGCACAUGGGCCUUAUUACUUAACCUGGAUUAACCCAACAGGGAUGGGGAAGGGGAUGUCAUUAAUAUUUUGUUAAUAUUAUGAAAUUAUGUAUCUUUCCCAUUCUGGGGGCCGUGGGGGAUGACAGAAGACGACAAUGAAUGGGAAGGUCUGAUACAGCACAAAUCAGUCGUUCUGAAAAUUUGGGGAAUCUCAAACUCCUUUGAGAAUUACUGAAGACUGGACCCAUUACAGUUUGGUGUGUGAUUCUAGAGGGUUUAUGAACUGCUUGAUGCCUAUCUAGGAAGGCCAAGUUAAGAAGCUUUCUCCCAAGCAGAUCCCUCAAAAUUCAUUCCCUUAGCAGUUUAUCCAGUUGAUGUGUCCCACCAUCAUCUAUUCCUCUCAUCUACUUAGCCAAUUCUAUCCACCCAGCUAUCUCUCCGUCAUCUCCCUCUGUCCAUCCGUCUUCCAAACCAUCAUCCCACCCAUAUGUCUUGCUUUAUUCAACUUUCUCUACCCUAUUCAUCCAUCAUCCUACCCCACCCCCCAUCUAGCACCCGUUCCUCCGUCAAUCCACUCAUCUAUUAUCCCACGUGUCCAUCUUCUCCAACCAACUCUCUCCAUUCAUCCAUUUGUCCCUCCAUAUUCCCAUCUAUGUCCAUUCAUUCGUACAUCUCAUCACUCAACCAUCUCGUAAUCCAUCGAGCCAACCGUCCAUUUAACCAUCUCUGCCACCAUCCAUCCAACCAUUUUAAUCUCUUUACAUCCAUCCCUCCUUAAUUGGAUUCUUCUGGGUCUUGGUACUACAAAAUUUCGGAGACAAGUUCCCCGCUAAUGCCAAAAUGGAUCAGGUUUGGGGUUCUGGCAGAAGGGUCCCACAUCUGCCUUAUUUCUCUUGGCAACCACUCUCCACCCUCCUAAGUAUUCCAGUUCUCGUACCCACCCAUCGAAUUCUUCUAUCAGAUCUCUUUACUCCCUCUCUCUAGUUGGGGGCCUCUACAGUGCCUCAAUAUGCCCCCACACCCCAAAGUAAUUCAGGUCUUAGGGACAAAGGCUUUUAUAUUAACAUCGUUCUGUCCUCCUCCCAGCAGUGGUAUGCCCAGUGAGAAGCACAAUUUAAGCAGUUUCUUUGGUCAUAUUAGCUGCUUUUAUUGAACACUUAACCUCUUGUGCUUUAGUGCAUCAUCUGUUUAGUCUUCCCUGGAAUUCUCUGAGACACCACAGCAUCAUGGCUGAGUUGAAGUCCCAGCUUUUCUAGUACUUGGUGUGUUAACUUCCCUCCGAGCCUCGGUUUCCUCAUCUGCACAAUGAGGACAGCAAUACCUGCCUCGCAGGAUCAUCGGAAAGUUUCAGUGAGCGUAUCCUUACUUCCCAAAUGUAUUUAAGCCUGACUCACCGAGGCAGUGUUCAAAUCAGAUGCCCCAGGAUCUAGUCCCAACCCAUGGAAUGAGAACCUCCAAGGCAGGAGCCUAAGAGUCUGGUUUUAACAAUCAAUUAACGGCAACAACAAAAAAUGCUGUUAUUGAGUACUAACUGCAUACCACAGGCAUUAGUCACUUUAUUUGAACUCGUUCACUCUGAGUCCUCACAACAUCCCUAAAAGGCAAGUGAGGAUGAUUCUUACCCCCCACUUUAGAGAUGAGGAAACUGAGGCACAUAGAGGAUAAGGGACUUGCCCAAACAAGUGGGAAGGAGCAGAGCUGGGACUCAUCCACACUGCCAAGCCCGUCGGCACUUUUACUUGAGUGUGUCAGGCGCUGUUCUUGUCACUGGGGGCACAACAGGGAAUAAUUCCUUGCCCACAAGGGGCUUGCAGCCUGGUGCUCCAAAGGCCCUAGGUAAUUGGUCAUUAGCUGGGUAAAGUGAGUAAGUCCUGGCUCAGUAAGCGUCAGCUGCUGGCUUCUAUUCAGUUAUUGAGUGGUUACCAUGCCAUACACCAGAGCCUAGGCUGAGUCGGCUUCUUGGCCUGGACCUGCUCCGCUGCAGCCUCCCGACAAAGGUCAGGGCUGAGGCUGGCCCUCCCCUCUUCCGCCCCCGGCUGCACAUUCCCAGCUGAAAGAAAGUUCCCAGCCUGGCCUGGGCUCCCAGCGGUGCCGGAAUUCCUGGUAUUUGAGGAGGCAGCAGGGAGGAAGGAGGCCAUCUACUCCAAGGCUUGGAGUGAGGAAGGAGAGGCAAGCCCCCUCAGCCACUCCAGAUGCAUCCCAGCUGUGCCUCUGGGAGGGGGCUAAGAGUCUCAGUAAGGGGGUCUCCGGACCCCGUGCGAAAACCCUGGGCACUAGGCCUGCCUCGGGCCCUCCUACUCCCUGCCCCUGAAUUCCAUUCCUCCUGCCUGCCUGACUUCUACCUCUGCUUCAUAACCCCAGCUCCAACGCCUCCUCAGGAAUACCUUUCUUGCUGGUCUACUACAGCCUGCCUUUUGUAAACUGUCUUUAGAGCUGCAAUUAAGACAGGCUUGAAAAGGGAAAGGGCAGCUGUCCACUGCCUUCUUUGGGACACUGCUGCCCUCCUUGGGAUGUUUAGGUUAAUGCCAGCCAAACCCAGUUAACCCGAGCUAACUCCAGCUCCAGUGCAAAACUUGGUAAGUUAUUUAGCCACUAGGCUAACUUUCUCACCAGCUAACACGAAGACACCUGCCUGUCGCCAACCUCACAGGGAUGUUGUAAACACUUAGCCUGGCAACCAGAUGGAGCUCAAUCAACCCCAUUCUCCAUCUGUAAGAAGCACUUUGUAUGUUUUCUCUGUACACCAGUGCUGUCCCACAGAAUUUUCCUGUGACAAUGUUCUCAUCAGUGCAGCCCAGCUUGGCGGCCACAUGUGGCUACGGUUUUGGUAGGGCAGACAUACAAAAAGGGCAACUAGUCAGUAAAUCCCAAGGUCCUUCUUUUAUAAAGAAAAUUUGUGAAACUC